GGAGAGCUCUCGACCUCUCUUGCCAUUUGGGUCUUAUAUCGCGAUUGCAAUAUCAACUUGACUUCCGUUCGAGCUCGAAAUUAACCCACCACAUCCCUCCCACGUCUCUCGUCCUAGUCCUAAACACACCCAACACCAUGUCCAACAACCCGUUGCGCCGCCCGGCGACGUCCCCUUCGGACAACCUCGCAGGUCGUCUCGCCAUGACCAUCGGUCGUGCUCUCGACCCUACCCUCGCCUACGCUCUCCUGCGAAAUGGAGUCGCUGGCAAGCUCCUCCAGACCAUCGGGUUGAAGAGGAUCAUCACCUUGCCCCUCGUCACCCGGGUCGGCCUCAAUACCGACUUUUUCGGAGCUGGGCUGUUGGACAAGCCCGGUAACAUGUUGCUCACUAUGAACGCCAUCACCGCGUUGCGACACAUCUGGUGGGCCAACGCUGAAUGCAGCUCCGAGUUCCCCGUCUCUGCCGGCGCCUUUGUCUCUGGCUUCAACUCGCUCUACACCGUCAUCAACUCGCUCGUCUUUGUCUACCGUGUCUCUCGGGGCAAGACCAACCCCCUCGCCUCCAACUGGAUGCAGUACCUCGGAUUCCUCGCCGUCGUCGUCGGGAACGUGGGAGAGAUCGUGAUCGAGAGCUCGAGGCGGGCGUUCAAGAAUGACAAGAGGAACGCUGGCAAGGUUUACGACCAGGGUGCUUGGGGAGUUGUCCGUCACCCCAACUACGCGUUCUACACUUUGCACCGUGUCGGAACCGCUCUCGCCACCGGCUCGAUCCUCAACGCCACCCUGACGUUCCUCUUCCAGAACGGAAUCUUCGCCCUCAGCUCGAUUCCCGACUUUUCCAGCCACAUGGCUUCCAAAUACAAGGAGCAGUGGGCCGCUUACACCAAGAGGGUCCCCUACGUCUUGAUCCCCUACGUCUACUAGACCCCCCCCCCCUGAGAACUCUUUCCCUUGCUGCCCCGUCAAGACAAUCUCUUUGAUCCUUCCCUAGGCCUGGAUCAAUCGCCUCUUUUCGACAUCUAAUUGCCCUCACUUCUUGGCCUAGGCUCAUCUUGUGUGAGGAUCGAUGUAUGGUCAUUAUCGAUGUAUUUCUACUAGUCUUCUAUCUAUAUGCUUUGCUCGUCUUCGU